UUCGAUAUUUAUGUGGAUAUUUCAAUGCUAGGUCCUGUGUCAUCAAAUUAUGUUACUCGAGUGUCUCCUCUUUACAAAUAUUUUCCUUCCCCACUGAUCCUUUUGAAUAAGAACGGUAAAUGGGCUUGUAGCCACCAGCUAUGUGAACGGUGUACUAGUCAGAGUCUUACACUAGCUGCAUUCAGCUGCAUUAAUGAGGCGACUGUCUUCUGUAUCAAUGGAAACGUUAUGAGCAUUUGA